AUGCAACAAUUACCAUUGCUAUUGUCAUCAUCAUCAUCAUCAUUACUAUUACCACCACCACAACCACAACCACAACCACUACAACCACCACAACCACAACCACAGCCAUCAUCAUCAUCAACAUUAUCAAGAUCACAAUCGAUGUCACAGUCACGAUCACAACCAUUAUCAUCAUCAAUCAAACGAUUAAAAUCACAAAAACAGCAAUUAUUCCAUGAAUACAAUUCGAAAGAUGCAGAAAAUCGAUGGAUGCAAGACGUAAUCGAAAAGUUACCAGUCCGAGCACGAUCACAAAGUUGGCUUAUUCGAACUCGUCAUUUACUUGAUGAUACCAAGGAGAAAGCGCCCUUUAUAUCAUCAUGCCUUUAUGUGCUUUCAGUGAUACUUGUUGUAAUCACUUUUCCAUUUUGUUUACCAUUUUGCUUUAAAAUUAUCAGAGAAUACGAGCGUGCUGUUGUUAUGAGACUUGGACGUCUUAUCAGUGGUGGAACCAAAGGACCAGGAUUAUUUUUUAUCAUGCCUUGCAUUGAUACAUUUCAUGUUGUGGAUUUACGAGUAUUAUCAUUUGAUGUACCAGCACAAGAAAUUCUCAGUCGUGAUUCAGUAACUGUUUCCGUAGAGGCAGUAAUCUUUUUCCGAAUCAAUAAUCCAGUAAUAUCUGUAACAAAUGUUAAUGAUGCGCAAUUUAGUACAAAACUUUUGGCGCAAACAACACUUCGGAAUGUGCUCGGUACUCGAACACUUAGUGAAAUGCUUAGCGAACGAGAUAACAUAGCCAAUGUGAUUGAAAAAGUUUUAGCGGAAGGAACUGAACCAUGGGGUGUUCAUGUACAACGUGUUGAAAUUAAAGAUAUCCGUUUACCUUAUCAACUGAUGCGAUCAAUGGCUGCUGAAGCCGGUGCUGCUCGUGACGCACGUUCACUUAUCAUUCUUGCUGACGGUGAACGUCAAGCAUCUUGGUCAUUAGCUGAAGCAGCGUCAACAAUUGGUUCAAGCAGUGUAUCAUUGCAAUUGCGAUAUUUGCAAACAUUAACAAAUGUUGCAUCAGAACAUAAUUCAACUAUUGUUAUUCCAAUACCGAUGGAAAUUGCAAGGUAUUGUGCUAGAAAGUGGUGCAAAUUUAAUGCUAAAAAUUUAUAA